UCUACGCUUGUGCAGGGCAACGACGCUGAAAGAGCGGAGAUGAAUCGGCGAAAAGCUGGCGGGCAAAAUGGCGGUGGGAAAAAGGACGGGCGGAACGGGGGCGAAAGCGGUGCUGGCGGGGAGAAGGGAUUUGAAGGUGUCGGCGGCGCUACGACGUCGGCGUUGGCCUCGCCGAAUGUGGGAAGGCAGCGACAGCAGAGUGGAAAGCAGCAGCAGCAGCAGCAACAGCAGCAGCAGGCUUCGGGUGCUUCGACACCAGACUCAUACACUUCGGGGGAUGAGGCGGAUCUGCCCCCUAAGCAACUCAUCCUCGAGCGACAUCGACGGCCCUCGAUGGGUGGCCUGGGCGCAAGAAAGCUCAGCUAUUCCGUUCGGGCUCCCGGUACGCCGUUCCAUGAGCUUGACCUCUCGGAGAUCCCCUGGUUCAGACACGAGUUGGCGGACCAGGAGACCAAAAAAGGCCUUACCAACUACCGAAGGCUCUUCUUCUUGGCGGGCAUUAUCGCUGGCGGAUUGCUGGUAUGGGCCCUCUCGCAGCACGUCGUCCUCGAAACGCACCUCAAGAGCCUCCGUGGUGUUUUGGACGAGCAACUCUCCUCAAUGGGCAUCGAUCUCGGAAGUCUGGACCUCUCCUUUUCUAUUCCUGGCGAGUUUGCCGACUUGGGCGACAAGCUCUUCUCAAGCCCGAGAGACUGGGUUGCAAGCCGCGACUUUGUUGUUGGGCGAAUGCUAGCAAAGCAAGGCGUCAAGGUUCAGCACCCCGUCAUUUUGCUGCCAGGCAUCGUCAGCACUGGACUGGAGUCUUGGACGACCAACGAGGAUACGUCGAGCUACUUCCGGAAGCGUCUUUGGGGUACAACGACGAUGAUGCGCACUAUCGUUCUGGAAAAGGAGAUGUGGAUCAAACAUCUCAGUCUCGACCCCGUCACGGGUCUUGACCCGCCUGGGAUCAAGGUUCGAGCGGCAGAGGGCCUGGACGCGGCCAGUUACUUCGUGUCUGGCUAUUGGAUCUGGGCCCGCAUCAUCGAGAAUCUGGCCGCAAUUGGCUAUGAUACCAAUGAUCUCUGGCUCGCAGCGUACGAUUGGCGUCUCUCGUACCACAAUCUCGAGAAGCGUGAUCGAUUCUUCUCGCGCAUGAAGCUUCGCUUCGAGCAGAAUUUGCUUCUGACGGGCAAGAAGUCGGUUCUCGUUUCCCAUAGCAUGGGAUCCAGCGUCGCCCUGCAUUUUAUGAAGUGGGUCGAGGCAGAAGGACCGACGUACGGAAACGGUGGUCCAGACUGGGUCGAGCGCCACAUUGAAAGCUUCACGUCUAUUGCGGGCACCUUUCUGGGCGUGCCAAAGGCCAUGGCUGCCUUGCUUUCUGGCGAGAUGAGGGACACUGUAGAGCUGCCCCCGGCCGGCGCCUUCUUGCUGGAACGCUUCUUCAGCCGGAGAGAGAGGGCGAAGCUCUUCAGGACAUGGGCCGGAAGUGCAUCGAUGCUCAUCAAAGGUGGCGAGGCCGUCUGGGGGAACUUGACUUGGGCGCCCGAUGACGAGGAAGACGGGCUAGAAAACAGCCACGGCAAGCUGUAUUCAUUCAAGUACCCCGAUCCGUCCGUCGAAGGAUACACGAAGGGCUACCACGGCGACGAGUCUCCCGCGGGUGAUCGCGAGAAAGACGAUCGGCAUGGCUCGAGCAUUCAGCACUCUGUUCCCAAUAACCUUUCGGCCGUUGAUGGCUUCACCUGGCUACUCCAGCACACGCCCUCGACGUUUCAGCAGAUGGUGCAGCAAAAUUACUCGAACGGAAUGGAGUUUGAUGAGGAGCAGGUCAAGCGCAACAAUCAGAUCGAGAAGACAUGGGCGAAUCCACUGGAAGCCGCUCUACCCAACGCUCCCUCUCUCAAAAUCCACUGCAUCUACGGCGUUGGCAAGCCGACGGAGCGCAGCUACUGGUACGCCCAGGGCCCCUAUGAACGCGACGAAUUUGUCGCAGAAGGAGACGCAGCUACAUGCCUGGAUUGUGGCAACACGACGACUGCGACACCGCUGGAGUUUCCCACGGGCAGGACUGGCUGGAUCGAUACGUCCAUUCACGACGAAUCGGCCACUCCCGUCGUGCGGUCCGGCGUCAAGUUUGCCGACGGAGACGGCACCGUCUCUGCACACUCUUUGGGCGCCAUGUGCCUCGAAGGCUGGAAUCAGCCGCGGUACAACCCAGGUGGCGUCAAGGUCAUGACGCACGAAAUCGCUCACGAUCCUCAACCGAUGGACCUGCGCGGCGGAAGCACGACUGGCGACCACGUCGACAUUUUGGGAAGCUUCUUGGUCAACGAAAUCGUCCUCAAGGUCGCUGCAGGCCUUGGCUCCGAGGUCGAGGAGAGCUUCUUCUCAAAGGCGAAAGACUUUGCGAAGAGGGUCGAUUGGGAUGGUGUCCAUCUUCGGAAGUCAUAGAAGAGCACGGGUGCCAGGAAGAAGGAGAGGGGCGAGGAGAUCGGUCACAAUACAUGUAUCACAAUACCUCUUCUAGACUCAAGGACUUGUAUACACAUCUCAACGUGCUUCUCUGCGCCAGCAGGAAUGGAUCAGUCUACCAUUAACGAGAAAAAAAGGGUCGGAGCGCAAAGGGAGGACAAGAGAAUAGGCAGACA